AUGAAUCAAGAUACAUUCGAAAAAAUUUCUUUUGAUAAAGUUGUGCCUAUUAGAAGAACAUCUGAACAAAGCAUAUUAUCUUCACUUUCUUUGAAAAGUAAUUUAAUAUCUAAAUCAAAUCGUAUAACAACGACAACGAUAACGACGACAACGACAACAACAACAACUAAUACUAAUAAUAAUGCAGAUAAUGAAAAUAUUGGUGUUAAAUUACCUUUUAAUUCGAUAAACCAUAACGACAACGACAACAGCAACAACAACAAUAAUAACAACAAUAAUAACUAUAAUAAUAACACGACAACAACCACGACUAUUACUGCCCAUAAUAAUGACACGUCCAAUAAUUUUAGUAUACAAAGUUUAGAUACUGUAGAUGAUGGCUAUGAUAGUGGGGAAAAUAAUAGUUCUUCUUCUUCUGCUUCCACUGCCACUACGACCACCACUAAUAUCAAUAGUACAAACAAUACCUCUGACGAUUUAACUAAACAAGCUUUAAGAAAACUAUCCUUUUUAAAGAUCACCGGUAGUAACAAUGAUAACAUUCAAGAAGCUUCCAAUGACAACAAAGUUCAAGAUGAUAUAAAACUUAGUAAUUCUUCAUUUUCCCUUCAAUCCACCGAUUCAAAUUUAACUCCCAAAAAGACUAUCAAACAAGUUUCCUCCUUUUUGAAUACAAACACUCCUUAUCAAAGCAUCACAAAAAACUCUUCUUCAAGCUCUAUUUCCUCUGUCGACACUUUCAGAAACCCUCAAAACACAAAUAAUUUGAGGAACUUACAUAACAGUACUCCAAGAUCUAUAAUGAAAUCUAAUCCAUCUUCUUCAAUGCUUUACAAUAAAUCAUUGUCAACUCCACCUUUAUCUGUUAACACUCUUCCUAAUUCCAUAUUUAAUAAUACUAAUAAUAAUACAAGAAUAUUAUCAAAACAAUAUAUCAAGCAGAUCAAUAAUCCAAAAAGACCAAUGUAUAUACCCGCCGUAUUAAGAAAUGUAUCAGAAACAAAUUUAACAAACGAUGAUAUACUGACUCUAAAUUCUUCAAUAUCUCAGAUACCAACUCCUUUAUUAGCAUCCACACACUCUCUUUACAAUCACACUAACAGUAUAAGUGUAGACUCUUAUCUCACUAAUCAUAAUAGUAACAAUACUCACAAUGCUACUAACUUUUCUAGAACACCUCUUUCAAUUAGAUCAUCUUCAAUAUCCUCUAACUCUUCCAUUACCACAACUUCCUCCUCCUUCUCUAAUUCUAUUAGACACAUUAAAACAUCACAUUGGAUACCAGAUUCAAUGAGAUCAAAUUGUAACAAAUGUAAUAUCCAGUUCACUCUAUGGGAAAGAAGACAUCAUUGUCGUCAUUGUGGUGAACUUUUUUGUCGUAAAGAUUUGUUGAAUAAAUUAUAUUUGAAUUGUGACGCUCAAUUUAUUAACCCAACCAACUUCACCGGUAAGAAAUUCUUAUCAAAAGUUUGUGAUUCUUGUUACUAUAACUACAAACAGUAUUUAAAUAUAAAUAAUACCACAUUCACUACUACUGGUAGUAACCAGGAUUUACAACCCAAACAAUUGAUCAUCCAGAAUAAUCAGACUUCUCAAACAGAUUUAAAUUUUUCACAGAAUGAUGACGGUAACGAUACACUCACGGAUAUGACUUCAAUGUCAGCAAUUAAUAAAAAGAAAGUUAAAUAUAAGAAUGACACUAUUGUUGGAUCGGUCUCUAAUUGGAAUUGGUCAAGUUUUUAA